AUCUUUGGCACUAUUGUUGAUGUAGGAUACUAAUUCUUGGCCCUCUGUUGCGUUUUUGUUGAAUUUUUUUUUCCUGGUAAAUGGAAUCCAGGAGCUAAUAAUUUAAUAAUCCUAAUAAUCUUUGAAAAAAUAUUAGAGUAGUUGAUAGUCGCAAACUAGGUUAAAAGUAGUUUUCCCAAUUACUAUUAGUUUUUCAGAAAUUUUGGUGUCAGUCGAGCAUGUGCAUGGAAGUCAGUGCUUGGGCUUUUUAACAGUUGUGUGACCUUGGACAUAUAAUUUCUAGCUGCUGAGAGUCGUCUUAGAUAAACUCAUAUAUACAUACAGACAUGUAUAUUUUAUACUAUGUAAUAUACAUAAUAUACAUGUGUAUCUGUGUACAUAUAUGAGGUAGUACUAACCAGUUUCACAUAGUUGUGAAGAUUAGGUAAAGCCUAAACACAGUGUUUAGCACAGAAUAAACACUCAGUAAGUGCUACUUAUAUAAAAAUAGCAUUUUUCACUAUAGUUUGUGGUUUUGACUUUUAAGAUUCUAAUUAUGAAGUCUCUCUCCAGUUUUCUUUUGUGAAAAUAUAAUAGAAGGAUAUGCUGUAGGAUUUCUGUCAUCUGAUGCUUCAGAGUGCGAAUGGUCAGGAUGCAGGAUAGGACAGGGCUGUGGUUAGUAGUGAGCAGUGUUUCACUACUAUGUAUGUGAGGAAGAGGACUCUUGGUCACCAGAGGAAACACACAGGAGAAGAGCUUGGUGUAACCGGUGUCAUGAUCUCUUCACUGUUCCUUUGAGAAUAUUGAAGGAUGUUUGUUCCAAGAUCUUUAAAAAUCAAGAGGAAUUCUAAUGAAGAUGUCAGAAGUUGUGUAGCUAAGAAAAUUAAGCCAGAAAGAGAAGACUGUCAUUUAGACCAAGACAGAGGUAUUGCAUCUGAUGCCUUAGUUCCAGAAAGAGCCACACCACCAGUCAAGGCCAGUAGGGAAUUGGGUUCCUUCCCCAGUCCAGCUCAUCAGGUGGCAGAGGUCAGCCUGGUAGCACCUGAGCAGAAUGAAAAGGCCAGCCCUGCUUUUGAAGAGCCUGUGAAGUCCUUUUCCAAAACACAGCGCUGGGCAGAGCCAGGGGAGCCUGUCUGUGUUGUCUGUGGCCGUUAUGGAGAGUAUAUCUGUGAUAAAACAGAUGAAGAUGUGUGUAGCUUGGAGUGUAAAGCGAAACAUCUUCUCCAAGUUAAGGGAAAAGAAGAGAAGUUAAAUCUCAGCAGUCCGCAGAAUGCUGGUUCUGAGCCAGGGUAUCCGCUUACUGCUUUUUAUGUCUACAGACAGCAUCCUUUUAUUUCAAGCCUUCAGGAGGACCAGAUUGAACAUCUUAAACAGCAGCUAGGAAUUUCAGUUCAAGGGCAAGAAGUCACCAGGCCCAUCAUUGACUUUGAACAUUGUGAUUUCCCUGAGGCCUUAAAUCAUAACUUGAAGAAGUCUGGCUAUGAGGUGCCAACCCCCAUCCAAAUGCAGAUGAUUCCUGUGGGACUUCUGGGAAGAGACAUUCUGGCCAGCGCAGAUACUGGCUCAGGAAAAACAGCCGCUUUUCUUCUUCCUGUUAUCAUGAGAGCAUUAGCAGAGAGCAAAACUCCAUCUGCACUCAUUCUUACACCAACAAGAGAGCUCGCCAUUCAGAUAGAGAGACAAGCUAAAGAACUGAUGAGUGGUCUGCCACACAUGAAAACUGUGCUACUUGUGGGGGGCUUACCCUUGCCCCCACAGCUUUAUCGCUUGCGACAGCAUGUCAAGGUUAUCAUAGCAACCCCUGGACGACUUUUGGAUAUAAUAAAACAGAAUGCUGUAGAACUCUCUGGUAUAAAAAUUACAGUAGUAGAUGAAGCUGAUACCAUGCUAAAAAUGGGCUUUCAACAGCAAGUACUUGACAUUUUGGAAAACAUUCCUAAUGAUUGCCAGACCGUUUUGGCUUCUGCCACAAUUCCAGCUAGCAUAGAGCAACUAGCAAGCCAGCUUCUGCAUAACCCUGUGAGAAUCAUCACUGGAGAAAAGAACCUACCAUGUCCCAGUGUGCGUCAGAUUAUCCUGUGGGUGGAAGACCCAGCCAAAAAGAAAAAGUUAUUUGAAAUCUUAAAUGAUAAGAAGCUCUUUAAACCCCCGGUGCUAGUGUUUGUGGACUGCAAGCUGGGAGCAGAUCUGCUGAGUGAGGCAGUGCAGAAAAUCACAGGUCUAAAAAGCACAGCAAUACACUCAGAGAAGUCACAAGUAGAAAGGAAAGACAUACUGAAGGGAUUGCUAGAAGGAGACUAUGAAGUUGUGGUGAGCACAGGCGUCCUGGGGCGGGGCCUGGACUUGGUCAGCGUCAUGCUGGUCGUGAACUUCGAUAUGCCUUCAAGUAUGGAUGAGUACGUGCAUCAGAUUGGAAGAGUGGGGAGAUUAGGACAGAAUGGAACAGCAAUUACUUUCAUCAAUAACAGUUCAAAAAGACUCUUCUGGGACAUUGCAAAGAGAGUGAAGCCCACGGGAUCCAUUCUUCCCCCACAGUUACUAAAUUCUCCUUACCUUCAUGACCAGAAGAGAAAGGAGCAACAGAGAGAUAAACAAACUCAGAAUGACCUGGUUACAGGAGCUAAUCUUAUGGACAUUAUUAAGAAACAUGAUAAAAGUAAUUCUCAAAAGUGAUAUAUUAUGCCACUUUGCAUCAUUUUUUAUUGUGCAUUUCAGCAAAAUUUUAUAUAUUAUUAUAUGAUUUGAAUAAAGGAGAAUGUACAUAAAAUUUUUAAGGUAUUUUUUAAUUUAAUAAAAUGAUACAAUAUUUAUUUUCUGUUUGUCAUAAAUUAUCAAAAUCAGAAAGUGAA